AGUUCAGCAAUUUAAUAAUCUCUGCAAAGUUGCCCACGGAAAACACUUAGGGAAACCCCCUCUGUGUAACUGGAGCGGCGGUUUCCGGUGCCUGCAGGGCGCCGCGGGAGGGUCAGGCCGCGCGGGCUUGGCGCCCUCGACCGCCGGAGUGCGCCGCAGCACUCCCAGGUCUGGAGGUGCCGGCUGCAUUUGGAAGCUGAAGGGCCGAGGCUGCUGGCUUACACGUUUUUUUAAGCCUUCCAUCGUGUGUGUACUUUGCUUGAAUGAUUAUUUUAAGUCACAUGCCCUAUUUUUGUCAGUUGACAGUUGUUCCCAUAGAAACUAGACAAAGAAUCGUCAUUUUCAACAAAAGUUGUUAAAACUGCCUUCUAGGCUUCAGCUUGAGUGCUGUACGUGCUCAUUCUGAGAUAAUACUUUGGGGAUCUGGAAUGUUCUUAGAGGCUAACAAGCCAAACUGUUUAAUUUUCUCACAUUCAUUUAGUAAUGCUCUUAAGUCUGCCGGCAAUGUCUGUUGACCUGCUACAAGUCUGAGAAGGUCUGUGGUGAGGGGCAGGAGUCCUUGGAAACAAAGAUGAAGCUUCGGGCACAUCUAAAUUGAGGCUGUGAUUGCAUAAGUAUCUAAAAAUUAUCUUCCAUUAUAUGUCUUCUGAUUUGAAGUAAAAGAAAGAAAACAGAUAAUCAGGCAAAAGAAACAUGAACUUCAUUUAUGGAUUGCGGUCUCCUACCAGAAAUUCUUCUAUCUUCCGGUUUAAUCCACUGGACAGCUGGAGAAAGUGGAACUCAUGGGCAGUAACUUCCUCAUGCUGUCAUCAGUCACAAAGUCUCCAUCUAGCAAACAAGUAUCAGGGGCUUACUUUAUUCCAUCAGUGUGAAAGGCUCACAUUUCUUCCUGGAAACUUUCAUUUUAACAGAAGACCAAGGUUCCUCUCAAGUGACCGAUGGAAGGACAUUCGGGUGGUUACCCACAAAUGUACCUUGUGGAAUGACUCUUUGCCAGGAUGGCUGCUGACCAAAGAAGGUACAGUUGUUCCUGCUUUUAAAGCUUGGUGUCCUCUGACCUGUUCUGUAAGAUCUGCCAGGAAUUUCCACACUUCUUCACGGGUUCAAGCUGCUCCUGUUCCUCUCCUGUUGGUCCUUCUGAAGCCAUUGCAGAAACUAUUUGCAAUCAUUGUGGGCAGGGGCAUAAGGAAAUGGUGGCAGGCACUUCCUCCUAACAAAAAGGAGCUAUUUAGAGAGAACGUGAGGAGGAAUAAAUGGAAGCUGUUCUUUGGUUUGAGUACCUGUGGACUGUUGUUUGUAGUGUUUUAUUUUACUCACUUGGAAGUGAGCCCAAUCACAGGAAGGAACAAGCUCCUAUUGCUGGGGAAAGAGCAUUUCAGACUUCUCUCAGAGCUGGAGUAUAAAGCAUUGAUGGAAGAAUUUAAAAAUGACAUGCUAACUGAGAAAGACCCUCGAUACCUGACUGUUAAAGAAGUGGUCUGUCAUCUAGUUGAAUGCAAUAAGGAUAUCCCAGGAAUUGCUGAGAUCGACUGGGUUAUACAUGUGGUUGAUUCCCCAGAUAUCGUAAAUGCUUUUGUGCUUCCGAAUGGACAAGUGUUUAUUUUCACGGGGCUUUUAAAUAGUGUAACUGAUAUGCAUCAGCUUUCCUUCCUGCUGGGCCAUGAAAUAGCACAUGCAAUACUUGGGCAUGCUGCAGAAAAGGCUAGCUUGGUUCAUUUAUUGGAUUUCCUAGGUAUGAUUUUUCUCACAAUGAUUUGGGCCAUUUGUCCACGAGAUAGCUUGGCAAUUUUGGGCCAGUGGAUACAAUCUAAAUUGCAAGAGUAUAUGUUUGAUAGACCAUAUAGUAGAACUUUGGAAACUGAAGCUGAUAAAAUUGGACUACAGCUAGCCGCAAAGGCUUGUGUGGAUGUAAGAGCCAGUUCAGUGUUUUGGCAGCAGAUGGAGUUUGCAGACAUCCUCUAUGGUCACCCCAAGUUGCCAGAGUGGUUAUCUACACACCCUUCUCAUGGAAACCGAGCUGAGCACUUGGAUAGACUUAUACCACAGGCUCUGCAUAUUAGAGAGGUCUGUAAUUGCCCACCACUUUCUGGACCAGAUCCUCGAUUACUAUUCAAACUAAGCAUGAAGAAUUUUCGUCAAGAAUUGGAAAAAGAAGACCGAAAUACCAUUGUUAAGAAACAGAAAAUGGAUCCUCUUUCCACUCAAACACAGGAGCAAAUACCGUUAACAUACAUGGUUGAGAAGCAAACUGGGAGUUGAAUAAAAUUUAUGAGACUUUGAAUAUGUGAAGAAUACAGUAAUCUUUACCAUUUUUAUGUUACUUUUUAAAAAAUGAUGUUUGAAAUAAAAAAUGGAUGUUCAGGGUUAAAUCAUGUUUAUUACAAAUACUGAACUAUCUAAAUUCUAAGUAUUUUUCAUGAAAUACUGAUGUGUUUUAAUCUUUUAAAUAUCUUCAGUGAGGAAAAUGUCACAGAAUAAAUUUGUGUUACAUGCUUUUACUCUCAUGCUUUUCGGGUUUGGAAGGGAGGCUCCUUGUGAAUAAGAAAGCUGAGGUGCAGUGAUCGUUAGUGUGGAGGGGUCCAGCCGAGCGGAAAUGGCUGUUGAGGCUGGUGCUGAUGAUGAAGCAGGAAGCCAGCAGGCUGUUUGCAGGAAAUGGUUUGCACUGGGGAAGGAUUCUGUGGACACUGGCGCCUUGGGAGACAGGGUUUCCUGGUCUUUGUCUGUGGAUGAGGGAGGGGGAGAGCUGUCAGCAGUCAUGGGCAGAUGUGGAAGAACCUUUUUCACGGAGAGGCACAAGUGGUCUGGGUGUCAGAGCAAGCAGUAGGACGGGGCAGGAAGAUCGUCUUUAUGAUGUUGCAGUGUGUUUCUGAGGCCGGAACAGAAAUCGUGUCAUUUAGCUUCUCACCAGUGCCGCAGAUUGGGAGUGGCUGGCCUCCGUGGAACAGCCCCUCUACUCACUGAGUGUUCCAUCAGGAAGACAGGGCAGACUCCUGCCCCCAAGGCCAUCUCUCCAGCUGGAAGACAUCAUGUUGCCAGAUGAAGACAGAGGACAAGCAGCCAUAAUUACCAUAAAUGAAUGUAGUAUGUAGACGUGGAAGUAAGCUUUGGUAACAUAAGUUUCAAUUUUGUACUACCAAACUGGUGAAGUCUAGUGAUUGUAAAGUUACAACUAGUCCUAAAAGGAACUCUUGUAACAUUUAUAUUAAAUAAAUACUUUCUCACAGAA